CUUCAGGUUCUCUUCAUUAUUUAAUGUCACGAAAGACAGGAACAACACUUGUAACCAAGAGCCCCCUUCAGGUUUCUGCUUUCGCCCGCCUAACUCCACAGAUCCCACGCACAACACUUGGGUUGCUCACUUGCUUUCUCAAGACUGCUCAGUUUCUGCCUCCUCUUCAAGUAAACUGCAGAGUUCCUGAGACGACUGGGUCCAGAUACGAUCAAAGACCUCUUGCCGUGAUUCUUGAAUGAGACUUGACCCUCCAGAGGAAGCUUCUUCUUCUGGUUCAGUUUCUGAUAAGCACAAACCCGAUCCAGUCAACAUCAAGAGAACCAACCUCCCGAAGAAGAAGAGGAAGCAUGGAGGAGAUGAGAACUCCUCUGUUUCCGGGCUCUUCGGCUAUGGAAGUUUAGUCUGGGAGAGCGUUCCGGGAAGGAGGAUUCAGUGGAGGCCCGGUGAGGAGACAUGUCAACUCCGCGGCCGCGAAAUUGUCAGCCGAAGACUUGAAGAAGCUGCCUUGCUUCGAGUAUGGUUCGGAGGAGAAGGUUUCUAACCGGAAUGUGGACUGUGCGGUGUGCUUGGAGAAUUUCA